AUGGAUCAGUCCAGAAUUCUCCUCUGGGUGAAAGCGGAACCCUUUAUAGUGGGUGCCUUACAGGUCGCCCCUCCAUCCAAGUUCAGUCUUCACUACCUCAGGAAGAUAUCCACCUAUGUGCGAACCCGGGCCACAGAGGGAGCUUACCCACGCCUGUACUGGUCAACCUGGAGGCACAUUGCAUGUGGGAAGCUGCAGUUGGCUAAGGAUCUGGCGUGGCUUUACUUUGAAAUAUUUGAUAGUCUUGCAGUGAAGACAGCGGAAGAGCGCCUGGAAUGGUCUGAGAUUCUGUCCAACUGCACAUCUGAGGAUGAAGUCGAAAGGCAGAGAAAUCAGCUCUCAGUGGACACCCUACAAUUUCUGCUCUUCUUAUACAUACAACAGUUAAAUAAAGUCUCCCUGAGGACAUCUUUGAUUGGAGAAGAAUGGCCUAGUUCCAGAAACAGAUCUCAAUCUCCUGACCUGACUGAAAAAUCCAGUUGUCAUAAUAAGAACUGGAAUGAUUAUAGUCACCAAACGUUUGUCUAUGAUCAUCUGUCAGAUCUCCUUGAGCUGCUUUUAGAUCCAGAACAACUCACUGCAUCGUCUCAUUCGACUAAUACUAGUUUAGUCUCAAGAGAAGCUGUGGUGGCACUCAGCUUUCUUAUUGAAGGUGCAGUGAGGAGAACCAGGAAGAUAUACCCACUUCAUGAGCUUGCACUGUGGCAACCACUACAUGCAGAAAGUGGCUUCUCAAAGAUUUCUAAGACCUUUUCUUUCCAUAAGUUGGAAGCCUGGUUGAGAUCCUGUUUGACUGGGAAUCCAUUUGGUACCUCUGCUUGCCUCAAGUCUGGAAAGAAAUUGGCUUGGGCUCACCAAGUUGAAGGGGCGACCAAAAGAGCCAAGAUUGCUUGUAAUACUCAUGUAGCCCCUAGGAUGCAUCGCAUGGUGGUGAUGAGCCAGGUUUACAAGCAGACACUGGCCAAGAGCUCAGAUACUCUGGUGGAGGCACACGUAAAGAUUCAUCGUUGCAAUGAAUCUUUUAUAUAUCUGCUCUCUCCCUUACGGUCUGUGACAAUUGAGAAAUGCAGAAAUAGUACCUUUGUCCUCGGCCCUGUACAGACUGCUCUUCACCUCCACAGCUGUGACAACAUUAAAGUCAUUGCUGUUUGUCAUCGUUUGUCCAUGUCUUCCACAACAUGCUGCAUCUUUCACAUUUUGACACCUACACGCCCACUUAUUCUCUCUGGGAACCACAAAGUAACUUUUGCCCCUUUUCACACCCAUUACCCAAUGCUGGAGGACCAUAUGGCCAAAACUGGCCUUGCUACGGUGCCUAACUAUUGGGACAAUCCAAUGAUUGUGUGCAAAGAGAACAGAGACACAAGUGUCUUCCGACUCUUACCACCUUGUGAAUUCUAUGUAUUUAUUAUUCCCUUUGAAAUGGAAGGGGACACAACAGAGAUACCUGGGGGUCUUCCAUCUUCAUAUCAGAAAGCACUGGGCCAUAGAGAGCAGAAAAUACAUAUCUGGCAGAAAACUGUGAAGGAGGCUCGUCUGACAAAGGAUCAAAGGAAACAGUUCCAGGUGCUUGUGGAGAAUAAGUUUUAUGAGUGGUUGAUUAAUACAGGACAUCUUCAACAGCUGGACAGUCUUGUGCCCCCUGCAACCAAACAAGCAACAGGAUAA